ACCGGGAUAACUUCAAUUUGCGUUUAUCGGAUGAAGAUCGCUUUAAAAAAAGAUAGGUAAAGGAAGAAGCGGGUACUUUUUUCUUUUUUUUUUUUUUCUUUUUUUUUUACGGCUUGGACUAUUUGUGUGCGCUUUAAUUUAUACACUUCCACGGAACGUCAAGGCAAAUGGAGCAAACCUACGGAGAGGUGAACCAACUGGGCGGCGUGUUCGUCAACGGAAGACCCCUGCCCAACGCCAUCCGACUGAGAAUCGUGGAGCUGGCCCAGCUGGGGAUUCGACCCUGCGACAUAAGCCGCCAGCUGCGCGUCUCCCACGGCUGCGUGAGCAAGAUCCUAGCCCGCUACAACGAGACGGGCUCCAUCCUACCGGGCGCCAUCGGAGGCAGCAAGCCGCGCGUCACGACGCCCAACGUGGUGAAAAACAUCAGGGAAUACAAACAAAACGACCCCGGGAUCUUUGCGUGGGAGAUCCGGGACCGGCUGCUGGCGGACGGGGUGUGCGAUAAGUACAACGUGCCCUCCGUCAGCUCCAUCAGCAGGAUUUUACGCAACAAGAUCGGGAAUCUCUCCCAGCCGAACCAGUACGAAGGCGGCAAGCAAGGCGCGGCUCAGGCGGGCCUUCCGUACAACCACAUUUAUCCUUACUCCUACUCCAACUCCAUGUCGCCCGCCGCCGCCAAGAUGGCCUCCCCGGCCGGGAUGCCGGUGACCGCGGGACACGUGAGCAUCUCCAGGGCUUGGCCCUCUGCGCACACCGUCAGCAACAUCCUCGGCAUCAGAGCCUUCAUGGACCCCGCGGCAAUUGCUGGGACAGAGGCAUAUCCCACCAAAAUGGAGGAAUGGAGCAGCGUCAACAGAGCAGCUUUCCUGCAGCUCACACGGGUCAACGGCAUCGACAAAUCAGCCAUUGAUGCUGACAUAAAAUAUGCACAGCCCUCGUCCACGCUGUCCAGCUAUGUCUCGGCGUGCGCGUAUUCCCCCACCAACCAGUACGGGGUGUACAGCGGCCCAGCGGGGGGUUAUGUGGCCCCGGGCCACCACCACUGGCAGCCGCAGAGCCCCGUCCUGUCUCACCCGGGCAGUAGCAUGAGCAUGCACGCCGGGGAGAUCCACUCAUCCAUGGCCUUUAAGCACCAUGCCCGAGAAGGAGAAAGAAAAGUUCCCUGCAGUCCGCUGAGCAAGCAUCAUCAGCAACAUGAAGACUUGAACAGUGUGCAUGGACUAAGUCUCCCUACCUCAUCAUCAUAACCAGGACUUUUACCAGCUUACCCUUUGACUUACCUGAACUAUUUCCAACGCCAGUAAGUCUGAAUCCAAUCAAACAUAGACAGGCCUCACGUCUGUGGAUGCAACCAAGCCCAAAUGGGCUUUUUUUUAAAAACAUUUUUUAAUGAAUGUAAGCUUGUAUGGUUGCAUCGGUGCUCCCCUCCUCUAUACCAUAUAUGUUGUCAUGAAAAAACAAAAUCUGCACGUCCAGUUUGUCAUUGUUUUAAAAAGUAGCUGUUUUAUUUCUGCAGUGUGCGUGUGUUUGUGUGUGUGUGUG